AGGAGGGGAGACAGACAGCAUGUUUUCGUACUACAGAAGCAGAUAAAAGACUUUCCUCCCUUAAACUUCCAAUGGCUUGUGUGCUGCUGUUGUUUGGACUAGAAGGAACGUCACAGCCCCUCGCAUAGAUCAACAGUUCAAAAGACAGGAGCUGAAGAUGGCAGCCAGAGAAGUCCUGUAUUUAACAGUGAUGGUUUCUACGGUGCUUAGCGCCCUGCAGGAAUGCCCGACACUUUGUACCUGCUCCAUCAAAUAUCGCCGUCAUUUUGCUGAAUGCUCCUACAAAGACUUAGCUGAAAUCCCAUCUGACUUGCCUCAUAAUGUUGCCACUGUCAGUCUCUCAGCUAACAAGAUCCAUUUGGUACCACGAGGCAUUUUUGACAAUGUCACCCAGAUGAUAUCACUGUGGAUGGCCCACAAUGAAAUCGUCUCCAUCCAACCAGGAAGCCUCACAUCUCUAGUUCAUCUGCGUAACUUUGACAUCAGCCAUAAUAAGGUAGCUGACUUUCCAUGGGGCGAUCUGCAGAAUCUUACGAGGCUGCAGCUGCUAAAGAUGAACCACAAUGAAAUGGUCAGCCUGCCAAGAGAUGCCUUGGCUAACCUCAAAGACCUGAGGUCCCUCCAGCUUAACAAUAACAAGCUUUUAACUAUAUCUGAGGGGACGUUCGAUUCCUUAACUUCUCUGUCCCAUUUGCAGCUCUUCAACAAUCCUUUUGCGUGCACUUGUUCCCUCAGCUGGUUUAGAGAUUGGUUUUUGACCACCACCCUCUCAGUACCCAAAAUGAACUUGAUCACUUGUUCUACUCCAAAGGAACUUAAAGGAGAAAUGAUUGUGAACUUAGCUGAGUCCAGAUGCACACAGCCGACUGUUACAAUAAGGACUCAGCCUAAUGUUGACAACACAACUUUGUACGAGGGUGAUGCGUUGAUCUUAACUUGUGAAUUUAAAGGAAACCCAAAGCCGUUGGUCAUGUGGAGUAUUCGCAGUCGACCGCAAGAACUUACUCAGUCAUAUCCAAAGGAGAGAUCCACCUUGUCAAGUAAUCCAGUCAAAAUCUAUCACAAUGGAACCAUCGUCAUCUCACAUCUCAGCAAGGAUGACAGCGGAAACUAUAGCUGCUCUGCCUCAAACAAGUUUGGUACUGCAACAGACUCACUGGUAGUCAAAGUGUCAUCAGAGCCAACAUUUGUAACAGAAAUGACCACAGCAGCUAUUUACAAUACAACACAACAAAUAGUAACUGCAACAUCUGUUGUAUAUUCUGUAGCUGAUAGAAAUGAUGUCGUGCCCACUUCCUUACCCACUGCACAGGUUAACCCUCAGUAUUUUGAGGAGUUAAUAGGGGCAACUAAAUGCGGAUUGACAGCUAAAACAAUACAUAUUUCCAAUCAUGUCUCAAAUAGGAGUGUGGAUGACUCCACGCAGUAUAUGUUUGACUUUGGUGUCAUUGCCCUGGGGGUGUCAGAAACAGAGGCAACAGUUAGGCUCAACCCUCUUCUCAUACCCAGAGACAGGCAUGCAAACUGGACCGUUAUGGUCACACCGGAUAGCCCCCACAAUGUCAGCGAAAAGCCUCACAGGCAUUCAGACAACUCUGAAGAAAUCCGUUCAAGAGGAUUGUAUCUGUGCGUCACCACCAACCGCAAACACUCACCUGUGCUGUGGUCGCAGAUUAAAGAGGGCAUCAACACCUACCUACUCAGUGGUCUACGGCCUGGUACCAACUACUCCCUGUGUCUGACUUACAAGGGAGAAGACUGUGAGGUGCAAGUCCUGUUCACCACCAAAAGGAAGGCCCCUAAUCUGAUCAUCAUCAUCUCAGUCAGCAUCUGCCUUCUAACUGUGUCAACUGUCCCUCUACUUGGAGCCACAUGUUUCCACUUGGUGUACAAAUACCGCAGCAAGACAUACAAGCUGAUCAUGAAGGCCAGAGACCAGUACCAGAUGGAAAGAACACUUGCCACUAACAUUACCAUCCACGCACCACUAACAGAGUCUCAGGGGAACAUUACCAUCAGCCAGCUAGAGGAAGAGGCGACGGCAACUGAGAGUAUAGAUGGAGAGAAGGAGGCGGAUACAGAAGAAAGUGUAAUGACUAUGUCCGUCACAUUGUCUCAGUCCAGAGGCAAUUUGGACGACUGUGAGGUUGGAUCAGAGUUCAGUGAGGGACUUCCUUUAGGGGCUGAAGCUGUUAAUAUUACACGCAAUGAGAAAUACUGUAUGUACAUCAGUAACUGCGAACCUGUAGUAGCAUAAUGUUACAACGUGUGCACUUUUGUAUUGCACUCAGAUUAAGCUGGUAUUGUACUUUGUGCCAGUGGUGUCAAGAGAUGUGUUGUGUCAUGUUAAUGUACUUCAGUCAGAUAUGAGGGAUCAAGUCACCCAACAACCUACCGAGCAGCUAAUUAACUAACUAACCAGGCAGUAAUGAAUGUAGCAGGCAGUGCAAUAAUUCUGCAGAGUAAAUGAAAGGUACGUGAUCCACAGUGUUGGGAGUAAUGGUGUUAAAAAUAACGACGCUACUAGAGCUGAUACUGUUUUCUAGUAACGGGUAAUCUCAUCAAUGUUAAAUGUUGCAAUACUGUUACCGUUACUGGCGUGAAAUGUGCGUUAUUAUAAAUCUAACCACUGUUAUCUGCGCAUCGGCUCGCUCAUAGAGAUGUGACGUUCACGAACGGGUGGAGUCUUUGUUUUCGGCUCAAUUAGAGACCCGAUUCGCGGAUAUAAGAAUAUAAGAUAUAAGAACGAGCGGUUCUUAUAUGAAACCGGGAAUAAUUUCUCAUCGUUACAUAGCUCACUUAAAUGAGCUGUUCAACUCAUUUGCAAAUGUCACAUUUCUAAGCCACGCAGAAGAACUCGAUGCAACAAUGGUGAGACGGAGCUGUCGUUUUCAAAAUGGAAGUACAGGCAACGUCAUUGGUGUAAGUGUUUAAUUACAUUUAUGAUGGAGUAAUUUCAAUACUAAUUAUAUUAUUUUGGGGGGGAAGGUAACUACCGUUAGUAAGUGUAACUGGUUACUUUUUAGAGUAAUUUCAUCGGUGAUCCAAAAAUUACUUGGAUCGCUAUUGUGUUGUCAUUUUGAGGCAUAAGAUAUGCUGCUCAUAAGGCAUCCUAGUAAAAAAUGCAAAAUGGAACUGUAUUUAGAUGUUUGAAUUGAUUGCUGUUCCUCAGAGUUAGCUGCUAACCUUUCCACGAUAUCGUGAGCUUGAAUUUAAUAAUAUGGAAGCCCUGCUUGCAUUCAGUUUUGCAAUGCGGAGCAGAUUAUUGCCUCUUGCUCAAAGUUUUAAUCGAAAGAACUGCAACUGCAAGACAAAAAAACUAAAUAUCUUGCUUGGCCAAAUGUAGCUCAUUUGUCCAAUGUGUCUCUAAUAUUAGCGCAUACAAAACACAGCAACACAUACAAGUGGGAAAAUAACAGUGUGAAAUGAAACAACAGAAGGUGAGUGUGCUGCUCCUUAGACACUUAUUUCAACAUAUUUGUCCUGUUAUGUCACAUCAUAUACCAAUGUGGCACUUAAAAACAAAGGUUUGCUUCAAAGAGAAACAUUGUGAUAAAAAGUACUGUGACUUAAAUGUUCGGUUACUGUACUAUUGGACCCAGUAGAUGUUCAAAACAUGCUUUGGUAAACUGGUUUGGUGCUGUAUCUUUUUUUCACCACAACCUACUUAGUACACAACAGUAAAAGUACUUCUAAAAACUGAACGUGUAUGAGUCCAGUGUAUUUCUAAUGGCACAUUUAACAGACAUACUGUGCAUGCUGCCUGAUGACCUCUGUUUCUGCAUUCUGAUUCUAUUCUUGACUCAUCUGAUAACUUGUGUUGUGUUCUCUGUCUUUGUUUAUCUCUUUUAUAUCCAUGUCUAAGAAUAAGUUGUUUUUUUACUGGGGUGUAUUAAUAACUGUGCAAACUCCUUCCAUCAAACUUGUCUUGAACAUUUAGUAACAAUUGCGCUAGUAAUAAUCACUAACAGAACGCUACUGACCCAGAAAAAGCCUGCAGACAUGAUACUUAAAGCCAGUUGUGUCACCUCGUCUUACCAAAAUGGAACUAUGACCUCUCGCUCAGUGACUGUUGUGAUGCAGCCAUUCAAUAGUCCUGAUUAAUACAUGUGCAUGUCAAUAUGGAACAACAAAGGGCCAGUGGACUUUGCACUAUUGGAAGUAAGUGUUGUUAGUAACACUGAGGCCAACUAGCAUUACAUUGUCACUGGUCAGACCAAAUAUAAUUCUGCUUUGCUUUUAUGGGUUUACUCGUGAGGCCUUAUGUUUGAGUGAGUGACAUUGGGUCAAUUCAAAAGGAAAACCCACAUAUACAAUAUCAAUGUCAACAAAUGCAACAUACAAUCAUUUUUAACAAUCAACACUUGGAUGGAUACCGAGGAGUACUGUAUAAAAUGCUAUUUUUUCCCUAGCAUAAAACAUGGGUCGUCUUCUAUUCAGGGUUUACAGAUUAGUACAUGCACCCCAACAUAUGGCAUCAAACAACACACCGGUGACCUAGAACUACAAAAUAUUUAGUGCAAACUAUCAGUUGUUGUUUUGCUGAUAUAUGUAUUUUUUUAAAGAUUUAUUAUGUCUUUGACAUGUCUGUGAAUAUUGUCAUUCAUUCGGGUCGUUGUAUUCUUAGAUUCUCAGAUCGAUCUCAGCUGACUGUUCAUGUUGUCCUGUUGUUUCACCUCUCAUCUGAGCAGGCUUCACCAGUUCAUGCUCUCGACUAGAUAGGAAAACCUUUGUCUGAGGGGAUGGUGUAGGACCCAGGUAUUUGUCCUGUAAGGUAGAGGCACGCCCCAACCAAGAAUGAUUUCUCUUUUGGGAUGCAAACACCCAUCCUACACCAUCCCUUCAGACAAGAGCUGUCCUACCUAGUCGUGAGCAUGAACCGAUGAAGCCUGCUCGGAUGUUAGGCAAAAUAUCCUCUAAGACAGGGGUCUCAAACUCGCGGGCCAUUUGCGGCCCGCCAAGUCACAUUUUGCGGACCACGACUUGAGAGGAAAGACUACUGUAAAUGCGGCCCGGAAGCUCUAAGUCAGGGGUCUCAAAGUCGUGGCCCGUGGGCCAUUUGCGGCCCGCCGAGUCACAUUUUGCGGCCCACGAAUUGUCUUCAAAGAUGACUGUAAUACGGCGUGCGACAAGCCAGUGUUACUCGUAGGAUGCACACAUACUGUAAGCCUACACUGAACUAAGAGAGAGUCAUGGGUAAGCUGGAGCCUAUCCCAGCUGAAUGCAGCAAAAUAUAAACUGUGAAAUUAUGUAUUUAUUUAUUUGAUUCACCCUAUUCCUGUAUCAAGAUAUUAUUGUUAUUGUGAGCCAUGUAUCGUGUGUCGUAUCGUGAGGUACCCCGAGAUUCCCAGCCCUAUUCCCAAUACUUGAUGCGGCCCAGCCUUACUCUGACUCUACCUCCAGCGGCCCCCAGGUAAAUUGUGUUUGAGACCCCUGCUCUAAUAUAACUUGAACAGUCAGUUGCGAAAGAAAAUGUUUCUGAAAUGAGGAUUCAUCGUAUAGUUGAGUUGAUACACUUAUGUGCUGAUAUGGACUUUGACACCAGCUAGAACAGUCAUCCGUCGCUACAUCGCAGUUUGAACAUCGCUCCCUUAAAUUACCACUGCUUCAUGGUAGACCAUGGCCAAUACACUAGGUCCCCAACUUACGAACACAAUUGGUUCCAGACGACCAUUCUUAUGUCGAAUUAUUUCUUAAGUAGGGGAAAAGGUAAUAUUACCAAUGAUAUAGGUACUACAUGUACGUGUAUACAUACAGUAUAUGCGUAUGUAUGUAACUAUGAGUUUGGAUGUAGUAGUAAUAUUAAACAAGGAUAAUUAAUGAAAAAAACAAUAAUAAAAGUGAUAUAAUAAUACGUAAUGAUAAAUGUUAUUUACCUUUGAAGAGGAGUGGUCGAGCAUACGUCGUUGUGGAGGAAUUGGAGGAGGAGUUAUUGAAAAAAAGGACAAAUCGUCGUCGUCGUUAGACUCUUCUAAAAGAGGUAGUGUUCUGUGGGUGGUGUAGAAUUAAGCAGGCCUAUUAACUCUUCAUAAACUUUAAUCACACGCUCUGUCCGGGUUGUAUAAUUUAGCUUUCCAUUUAGCUUUAUCUCCCCAGCGUCUAACUCUUCCUCUGUUGAUCCCAUUAGCAGUGUCACAGUGCCCUCUACAGGUCAAGCAUGUAUAGUAGCAGUAUAAACACUGAUUGAGCGACGACAAGGCAAAAUAAAAUAAAAUAUAGACCAGUCGGCUUGUGUUCGUAUCAGCGAAUGUUCGCUAGUCGGGUGUUCGUAAGUUGAGGACCUAGUGUAUUAACCAAAAAAGAUUGAAAGAAAAGUUAUUAUUCUGGUCACUAGGCAUCAGUAAUGUCACAUUUACAAGACAUUACCUUAGAUUAUAUUACCUUAACACUGCAUGGAGUCAGCCAUGGCAUGUCUGACAUGAUCAAGCGAAAAAAAGGUUCUCCUCUCAUUCCAUGUGGAAGUGGAAUGUUCCUGGCGUCUUACUUUGUCCUUUCUCACUCCAUGAAAAAUAUUGUAAUGUUUCAAAUAAGUAAAUGAGAAACUACGAGUAACUUGGAGAGGCUAACUAGUUAGCUCUGUCGCUUGCGAUGCUAGCGGCGGCUGUCUCUUAUUGUGUAGCUUGCGCAAUGUGGUGUAAACAAAGCAUAAUAGGAGGGUAAAGGUGACUGUAGGGGUGUUAUUUCAUUUCUACAGGGCUCUAAUAAUGUUAAAAAAGCUUAUUUAGAAAACCAUAAACAGGUUUUCUAUGCUCUAAAUACGAAAAUAUGCUGUUUCAUAAUAUUGAAUCCUACUUCCUAAAUUCACUUCGCCGUCAGGUCUGGAACCAAUUAACCACGAUAA